UGGCACGUCGCAGGGUCGGCGCAUCUCAAAUCCAUUGCACGGUCAGAAACAGAAGCCAGAACGCCAGCGUUGCGCGAGGUUGCGUGUUAUUCAGUGUGUGGCACCAGUGAGGAUUCUUGUUGGAAAAGUUUAUUUUCUACUGCCCGCGGAGGUCUGAGCCCGUCAGCAAGUUUCCACGUCCCGUUCCUGUUUAUUGUGUGUCCGUUAGCGAGGCGCGACGCGUUCUUGGUGCAGCUCCGAGUCGAAAACGUUUGAAAAGAGAAAAAAGCGAAGCGAACGAAUUUUCGCCUUCAGGACUUGUCUCCUCUUUGCCGUGCGAGUUAACGGAAGUUGAGUGGAUCCUGUCCGUGAGUGGUGGCGCAUUGUGCGAUACGCCCCGAGCCGACUCUGCUCCGGUUGCUUGGAUUUCGAAAAGUUUCAAGUAAAAACCGCUGAAAGCGGAAAAACGUCGACGAGAAAUCCCGCGGGCGAGCGAGGCGAAAUCAAGGCAGUUUCGAGUGUUUUGGCAGCUCCGCUCCAGUGUGUCCAGUGGAACGAGAUCAAUUGUUCCAAUUGGAAGAGGGAAAUUCCUACGUCAAUGGGCGUAGUUCCCCGACACGGCGACGAGAACGAACCGAAAGCGCAUCAUCAUCGGCGACAGUCGCGUUGAGAUUGUGUGCGUCGUGUGAACGCGAUAGUCGUGUGCCAGUCAAGUGUGUGUCGGGAAAACGCGACUAAAGAAUAAUUUUUCGGCGGCGUUUUCGCGUGGAAAUUGACCGCCAGAUUGUGCAAUUUGUGUGGUCGCCCGUAGAUUUCAAAGUGCAGCUUGCGUUUUCGAGUGAUAUUGCAUUUAAUUUUCGCCGCUUUCUGUGGAUUUUCGUCUUGUCCUUUUUUUGUAUUGGAUAAUUUUUUGAGAUAUCCUAUAGCGAAGAAAUAAUUUAAUACAAUUUAUCUUGCUUUGAAAUCGACGCCAUGGAAAGUUAACAAUCCUUCCGGACUGCAAGUUGAGAGAUGUCCAUAUCUAUUACGGUCCACCCCAUAUAGGAUUAAUGGACCACAAUCCAGUAGCGACAAUGUAGUGCAAAGUUGGAAAGAGGAAAUUGAAGCAUAUCUAAUCUGCGAGAAGAUAUAGCGAAAGCAAAUCGAUGGAAAAUUGAACGUCUAUAGACAAAGACAAGCCUUAAAGCGCAGAUUUUUUAAGAGUUGGUGUCGUUAUUUGUACAAACAGUGAUCUAAGAUAAGUUGAACGUGUCUCCAGUUAAUUAUUUGUUUUAAAUCAAAAUACUUACAAAAUGACCGAAGUUGAGCAACCGUCGCAAAAUGGUCUAGACGUGACUUUAGACGAGGAUGAAAAUAACAAGUCAAGACCGGCAGAUAUUGAAGCGGAUAUGCGUGAAAUGGAACGGCGUAAACGUGUUGAAGCGAUAAUGGGCUCUAAACUUUUUCGCGAAGAGCUUGAACGUAUAGUGGACGCACAUCGAGAUGGUGGCCCUUCAGGUAUAUUGCAGCAGCUAUCGGAAAUGGUUGGCGUUCCAGCUUCACGCAUUGGCAACAUCUUCAAAAGCAGCAAUUGUGUCUUGCCUAUUAAUGAUAUUCGUGGUGUUGAAUCAAUGGGCUAUGAGAAAGGCGAAAAGAUAUUAAGAUGUAAAUUGGCAGCUACAUUCCGUCUAUUAGAUUUGUAUGGUUGGACGCAAGGAUUAGGCGCACAAAUCACCGCUCGAUUGAAUGCCGAUCAAGAGUUGUUUUUGGUUAAUCCAUUUGGAUUAAUGUAUCACGAAGUGACAGCAUCGUCACUGAAUAAAGCAGAUAUGCAAGGAUUUGUUGUCGAGCAGGGUACCACGAACUUUGGGAUAAAUACUACUCAUUAUGUUCUCCACUCCGUCGUCCAUGCAGCUCGUCCAGAUAUUCGAUGUAUAAUUUACAUCGGUUGUAAUCCCGUCGUAGCCGUUUCAUCAUUGAAAGUUGGAAUUUUGCCAUUGACAAAAGAUUCAGCCGUGCUAGGAGAGAUUGCUACCCACGCAUACACGGGAUCAUUGCAUGAGCCUGAAGAACGACAAAAAUUGGUCCGAUCGCUAGGUCCAAUUUCUAAAGUCCUUCUACUUAGCAACCAUGGUGCUCUGUGCUGUGGCGAAACAAUUGAAGAAGCCUUCUAUGCUGCCUAUCAUAUUGUACAAGCAUGUGAAACUCAAUUAAAAUUACUGCCAGUUGGACUCGAUAACUUAGUCCUUCUAUCGGAAGAAGCUCGUAAAGCUAUCUACGAUGCAUCACGAAAACCACCAGAAGGUUUUGAACAGCCAAAAACUGCCGAUGAUCAACAAUCGCAACAACAACAGGAUAAUAAGGAGAAACCGCGACAACAGAAAAUUAAGUGGCGUGUCGGUGGUGCUGAAUUUGAGGCUUUGAUGCGUAUGCUGGAUAAUGGCGGUUUCCGAACUGGUUAUAUCUAUCGUAAUCCGCUUGUUAAAUCUGAUCUGCCGAAACCGAAGAAUGAUGUUGAAGUUCCACCGGCUGUAUCAUCGUUGGGAUACUUAUUGGAGGAGGAAGAACUCUAUAGACAAGGAGUUUGGAAAAAAUCCGACCUACGCAAAGGAGGAGAUCGCACCAGAUGGCUCAACUCGCCGAAUGUGUACCAGAAGGUGGAAGUACUCGAAACUGGUACACCGGAUCCCAAGAAAAUUACAAAGUGGGUCGCCGAUGGUUCGCCAACACAUUCAACUCCAGUUCGUAUCGAGAAUGCGCUACAAUUUGUGCCACCGGGGACAAAUCCGAAGGAAUUUAAGAAAUUACAACAGUUGAUAAAAGACAAUCGUCGUGCUGAUAAGAUCUCAGCUGGACCACAAUCACAUAUACUAGAAGGUGUAACAUGGGAUGAAGCUAACAAUCGCAUUAAAGAUGCCACUGUAUCAGCGUCCGGAGACACCGUCGUUUUAAUGGGUGCUGCUUCAAAGGGAAUUAUACAACGAGGAUAUCAACAUAACGCAACGGUAUAUAAGGCCCCAUACGCUAAAAAUCCAUUUGAUUCAGUAACAGAUGAUGAAUUGAAUGAAUACAAGAAAACUGUAGAGAGGAAGCGUAUACAUGGUGAAUAUACUGAUACUGAUUUCUCAGAGUCAGAAGCUCUUAGUUCGCAACUAACUUCUGGUACACAACAGAAGAGUUCAGCGCAAAAUGUCCCAAGCCAGUCAGAGACCGAAGAUGCUUCUGAACCCCAAGUUUUGAGAAUAGAAACAAAGCAAGCACCCAAACCUAGCCAGCCAGAAGUAGUAUUGAGUGACGCAAAUGUUGAUUUUCUUAAUUCGGAAAGAGCGCAUACGACGAGUAAAAAGCCACCAACAGGUCGAGGUGAAAAUGUACAAAACGGUGAUCAUUCAGAAACUCAUUUAAGCACAUUUUCGCAUAGCAGUAAAGAGGAUGUUUCAACAGAAGGCUCUCCGAAAAAAGACAAGAAAAAGAAGAAGGGACUACGAACGCCAUCAUUCUUGAAGAAAAAGAAAGAGAAGAAGAAGGUCGAAGCUUAAGCUUAUAAUAUAUUUUAAGAAAUAAAGAAAAGAAACAAGAUUGCAAGCUAUUAAUUAAUAUAAAGAAACAGAGGAGAAAAAAUUACAACUACAACUUUUUAUCGCUUUAAAACAUUUUUAAUUGACCAGAAUGCACACAAAAAACGACGAUACAUACGAAUCAGUGAAUUGAUACUUUUUAUUUCUGAUAUUAAAAACAUGAAAUUAGAACUUAAACAAAAAUAUGCAUUGAAAACGAAAUAUGAACAAAAGCAAGCCAGGAAAUCCAUGCGUUUAUAAUACUCCGCUCAGUAAGAAUAUUCGCUGAGUGAUUUAAGAAAAAUAGCGAAAAUGCAAACAAAAUUUUCACGUCCUUUUUGUAUUUUGUAUUUAUCUUGUUCUCGCAAUACUUAUUCUAAAUCAAACGCAAACUACUUCGUUUAUCUUUUCUGUCAGAAAUUUGUUUAUAAACGCAUAAUUUUUAUAUGAUUUCUAGAACAUAAUAAGAAUACUGAGCAGUGCACAUUUAUAUGAUGACGAUGAUUUCCGUUGAUAGUUUCUAUAAUUUUAUGUAUUUUUUAUAUUUUUAUUUUUCCGAUAGUUGAAUCGUUUAUUCUUUUGUUUUGCAUCGAUUGUCUAGUUUUGUAUUUUUUUAUAAAUAAAGUUUGUUUUGCCGACUAGUGACAUACAUGAUUGAGACCAA